CAAUGAUUAUAUUAAGGAUUGCUCUUCUCUUCUUUACAGUAUGCCUUCAAUUAUCAAAAAUUUCAUCGGCAAAAAUAGGUUUAAAUCAAGCUAAAAUGACUGAUGAACUUAGAAAUGUAAUAUUAAAUGCUCACAACGAUUUCCGUAUAAAAUUGGUCAACGGGAAAGUUAAAGAUGCCAAAGGAAAUUUGCCGACUGGGAAAAAUAUAUAUAAAUUUAGUUAUAACAAAAAUAAAGAAUAUAUUGCUCAAAAAACUGCAAAUAUUUGUAAAAUGGAACACCCCGGUACUGUUGGGUAUGGCGAAAAUUUGUAUGCAAACAGUUGGGCUAUGGAUAAUUUGACUGAAGCUAUGCUUGGUGCAGCAAAUGGCUGGUGGGGUGAAAAGAAUGUUUGCCCUAUAAAUGAAAACAAUUUACAAGUUACUGACAAAGUAUUUGAUAAAUGUGGACAUUGGGUCCCUAUGGCUUGGUCUCACACGACAGAAAUAUUUUGUGGUGUUCAACUUUGUCCGCCACAAUCUUGGUGUUCUAAUUGGAAACCUCCCUGUUAUAAUACAACACUUAUUUCAUGCAAUUAUUAUAAUCCAACAAAUGAUGCAGGAAAUAUACUUAUUUAUGAAAAAGGACAGCGAUGCCGUAGAGAUUCUGACUGUACUUGGUAUAAAAAUUCAAAAUGUGAAGUAAAGACUGGACUUUGUUUAGCACCAAUGGAUGCUAAAGAUCCAAAAAUUAAAUAGAUAUGUAU